UUUACAGGUGUCGUGUCAACCAAACUUUGCGCAAACGGACCUAUGAAUUUGCACUUUUCCAAUCGUCCUUUCGUCUGUUCCUUUCCAGGCUGCAGUUAUCGCGGGAAGACCAGCUCGCAGUUAGCUCAACACAGAGCCACUCACGGUCUGGGUUAUGUGUACGCCUGUGAGUUUUGCGACUAUCGAGCUACUACUUCGACAAAUUUACGCCGGCACUCUCGUCUCCAUUUGGACACACGACCUUAUCGUUGUCCACAUUGUCCGCAUACAUUUGUUGAGCUUUCGGCGCUGCGUAGGCACGUCCUCGACUCUGCCUACCACCCGGGGCUACCGCUCUAUGUUUGCCCAUGGUGCUCGCCUUCAGCUGACCAAUCCCGCGCUCCCUCAUCCGUCUCUGCUAUUAAUUCCGCCUCCGCUGCUCCUGCUUCCCUUAUCAUUGAUUCUCCUAUUGCGUUGCAAAGAUUUGCUGAUCCUGGUGUCUGUGGCUUUAACUCCUCUUCUCUGGCCUGGAAACAUGUGGUUCAGGCGCAUGCUGAUCAGCUCUCUAGUCCUGAGACUCUGCAGAGGCUAGGACGAAAAGCAGGUGAAACACUAAUUGAGCAUGAUGUGUCCCUCAUCUUUGGACUUUAUCACCCCAGUGAGGAUGGGAAAUUCCGCCCAUCAUCGGCUGUACGUCAGUUCAAUGCUGUCGCCACUGUUCGAACGCACCAACGGAUGCGUUCAAACAGUAAUAGGCUAAGGAGUAUCACCAACAGGAAACGUUUACUGCCGCAUGACACGUCUUCAGCUCAGUCAGUGUUAAUAGUCAACUCGUCAUCGGUUGGGAACGGUGACGCAGCAUCAUCAACCGCUGCGGUAAUCACACCAAGCGGAAUGGAGAACACGGAUUUGCUGAAGUUCCCCCAGGUCCAGGGUAUGGUAGCGCUUCCUGGAGGUGUUCUGUGGUCCGCGUCAGCUUUUCAGUCAGAGUUGAUCAGAGCCACUGGUGGGAGUGUUCACUGCCACCAAAAGUCACCAUGA